AUGAAGUUCUUUGUGUAUAUGAUAUUCAAACUCUUUAUGGUGAUAUCUGUGUCGAGCCGACGGAUCCUCCGAACUGAAUCUUUUGAACCAAGUCGACUGAUUCCGAAAAACCAUAUCGACGACGAGCAGUCCAAGAAAAUCAUGCACCAAUUCCCGAUCACUAUGGGAGACCUGGCGGAUAUACCUCACGUCUCCAAUCAAGGGCCUAGUCAAAGCCGGUUUCCGGAUCUUGCCCACGAUAGUCUUCUCAUAUCGGAUAUCCUUAGCAAAACUAGGGAAGUCAAUAUUUUCGCCUCCUUAACGCGAGAAUUUGAAUAUCUUUCCAAUCAGCUUGAGAACAAGUCGAAGAAUGCAAUAGUUCUGGCGCCGACGAAUAUCGCCAUAGAGAAUCUAUCACACAAACCUUGGGAAAGCACUAGGCACUAUGUCAAUUUCGGAGAAAGGGAAGCUUACGUGGGGAAGAAUGGCGAGGAAAGAGCCGCCGAUAAUCUCAAGACGUUUGUCGAAGCUCAUAUAAUACCUUCGAAAACAUGGUCUGAAGAAAAGGAGGCGUCAACUUUGGCAGGUCAAAAAUUGAUUUGGCGAAAGGACGAAACUGGAAAAUCCUACAUUUAUCCCGGCCACAUUGGGAUCAAAAGAAUUGCCGGCCAAGUUUCCAACGGUGAGGUUUGGGUCUUGGACGGUGUGAUCGAGCAUCCACAGCCAGAAAUUAGAAAUUCAGCGGAAAGGAAACUGACCCCCACAUCGUAA